AAUAGGUAACAGGCACUAUCUAUCGGCUUGUAGACCUACACACACCAAGCGUUCAACAAUUCCUUAAAUUAUUCUGCCCCUUGCGAAAAUGUGCGAGCAAUAUUGUGACAAGUUCGAGACCUUCAACCCGGAGGUUGAGUUUGCAAAGUUUCAGAAGCGCAAGCCGGUGGUGAGAACCGCUGAACUCUACCAGAAUCUUCACAAGCGCGAGGAUAUUAAGUGUCCCUAUAGCUUCAAGGGUUAUGGCGUGGAAACGGACUCCAACACCAUGUACCGUACCUGCAACUCGGAGUACGGCUACUAUGCCCCCAACGUCUAUACCAUUCCGAAACGCUUCUAUCCACUGCCCCAGAAGUUCUCCAACGAAGUGGUUCGUUUCGGAAUGUAUCGCAAUUUCUCCCUGAACACGCACAUGGAUCGCACUUUCUAUUGAAGUUUCUACCUCGUUUUAUGAUUUUCCAUUCGAUUUUCAAAUUUUACGCUGGUCAACAAGUGAUAAAUCCUCCUUAAGAACUUCAGAGCUAAAUUCUUACAAAUUAUAAAAACAAAAACCCAAAAAUAAUUCAGAUGUAAAAG